AUGGUAGCCUCUUCUUUGGGACCGAUGUUCAUAAAUGUUGUAGAUGCAAGUGAAGUUCUUACAAAAGAUGUUGAGUAUACUGCAAGCAUAUUUUUCAAAGCUAUUGAAGACAUUGGAGAUGAGAAGGUUGUGCAAGUUAUUACGGAUAAUGGAGCAAACUUUAAAGCUGCCGGUGCAUUGAUCGAAGAUAAGUAUCCACACAUCUUUUGGACUCUUUGUAUUGUGCAUUGCUUGAAUUUAGCACUUAAAGCUAUUUGUGAACCUAGUGAAAAAGCUGCUCAUUAUAUAGAAUGUAAAUGGGUUCAAGAACUAGUGAGUCAAGUAAAUGACGUCAAUAAUUUCAUCACAAAUCAUGGCUUGUCUAAAGCAAUUUUUAAUAGAUAUUCAACUGUGAAGCUGUUAAAAUUUGCUGAAACUAGGUUUGCUUCCCAUAUUGUGAUGGCUGCAAGACUUAGAAGGCUAAAAGAACCACUUGAAAAGAUGGUAAUGGAUGUAGAUUGGAAAUUUUUUAGAGUCACUGGAAAAACUCCGACAGAAAUCAAAGCAAGAGACACUAAAGAUUUAAUAGUAAGUGAUGGUUGGUGGGAGAAAGUCGACUAUUUCUUGAGUUUUACAGAGCCUAUGGUUAAGUUUCUAAGGGUUGGUGAUAUGGACUCAUGUGUCCUUGCUUUCAUGUAUGAUAUGUCGGAUUCGACCAUAGAAGAGGUCAAAAGAAUCAUCUUUGAGCAGGAAGAUCAGAAUUUGCAAGAAGGAAACUCUAGCUUUUUCAACGCAAUCCAUGGAGCAAAGAAUGGUGUUCGUCGAGUGGCUCCAAAUGAAGAUGAGGAAGUAAGUUUAAAUAGGGACAAAUGCUUACAAAGAAUCUUUGCUAAACCUGAAGAUCUCAGCAAAGUUUACAAGGAUUAUGGGGCCUUUGCUCGAGGAGAUGCUUUUGAUGGUGAUAGUUUGCUGGAGCAUGCCGAGUUGUCUCUCAACAAACCCGAGAUAGAGGCCAUGACCUUUGAGCUACAGGACUAG